UAAAGAGUUUGUGAGAGAGAGCUCUAGGGUUUACCAUUUCUCUUUCUCUCCUUCGUUUAAUACAAAGAAAUGGCAGAUCACCAUUCCUGGGCACUUGCAUUCGGAGUCUUAGGUAACAUCAUCUCAGUCCUUGUAUACCUGGCUCCAGUACCAACAUUCUACAGAAUAUACAGAAAGAAAUCAACGGAGAGUUUCCAGUCACUGCCUUACGAGGUGGCAUUGUUUAGCUCCAUGCUAUGGCUUUACUACGCCUUGAUGAAAAAAGAUGCUUUCCUGCUCAUCACCAUCAACUCCUUUGGAUGUGUUGUGGAAACUAUAUACAUAUCUAUGUUCAUAACUUAUGCUACCAAGAACAACAGGGCAUAUGCUAUAAAACUUUUUGUAGCUCUGAACGUUGGGUUGUUCUCAUUGAUUUUGAUUCUCACACACUUCCUGGUGAAAGGUUCAGUUCGUAUCCAGGUUCUUGGUUGGAUGUGUGUUGCUUUCUCUAUAUGCGUCUUUGCAGCUCCUUUGAACAUUGUGGCUCGGGUAAUUCGAACAAAGAGCGUUGAGUUCAUGCCUUUCAACUUGUCGUUUUUCCUAACAAUAAGUGCAGUAAUGUGGUUCACUUAUGGAUUGUUUAUGAAGGACUUCUGUGUAGCUCUCCCGAACGUGGUCGGCUUCGUCCUGGGGAUGCUCCAGAUGCUGCUGUACGCGAUUUACCGGAACAGCGAAACGGCUGUAGGGGAAAAGAAGCUACCGGAACAAAUGAAAGGUGGUGUUGUGCUCAGCACAUUAGGCCCCUCCGAAGUUUAUCCAGUUGCUGUAUAUAUUAAACCAGAUGUUAGGACAAAUGAGGAUCAGACAGAGAAUGAACAGACAGGGGAGGCCAACAAAAAGGAUGCGAAAACCUUGGAAGAUUCCGAUGAAUGUCCUGUUUGAUUUAGGCAUUAGAAUGUAGGUACCCCCAGUUUAUGAAUUUGUAGUGAGUUCUUUGUA